AUGGGCAACGAGACCGUCUCCGGACCGCUGCUGGACCACGUGGUAGUCCUCGUGUCUCACGCGACACUCGUACAACUACCAAGCCGACUCCAGCAUGUCCUCGUCAUUUCCCCCGGCGGAACGCAUGCCGACGGAGCCACAACCAACAAACUCAUUCUCUUCGAGGACGGCUUCUACAUUGAGCUCAUUGCAUUCGUCGACGGCCUCGAUCCCGAGCUCCGAAAGAACCACCGCUGGGGCCGGGAAAAGGAAAACACCGUCAUUGACUGGGCCUACACGCUCGGCCACGAGGAACAAUUCGAAGCCGUGAGAGAGCGCGUCCGCCGCGCCGGCGCCUCCAUCCACUACGGCCCCCCGGAGCCGGGCGGCCGGACGAGGGACGACGGCACCGUCCUCAAGUGGGCGGUGGCUACGGCGCAGCACGACGGCGGCAGCGCCGUGCAGCCGGGCAAGCUACCCUUUUGGUGCUUCGACAGGACGCCGCGACAUCUUCGCGUCCCGUACGAGCAGGAUCCAUUGCGGACUCGGCAUCCGUGUGGUGCGCGUGGCAUCUCGGCGAUUCGUGUCGUGGUUCCCGCUGGCGAGCAAAAGGUUCUCGGCCAAGUGUACCACGCGAUUCACGAGCCUAAAGUGCCCAUUAAUCUCUGGAGGUUUGGUGUCCCGUCCAAAACGUCCACUUCUCGGGGCAGUGUCGUCUUGCUCAGGGGCAAUGAGUUUGCUAUUCAUGAAGUCAUUUUACUCGGUUCUCCGGACCGCACGAUAGAGCUGCUUCCGGGUUUGUAUAUCAGGAUAAGCCCGUAUUGA